AUGUCUGCUUAAAUCUAAGUAUGUUUAGACACAUUGGCUUUUGAUUAAAUUGAAGAAAUAGUUUUGAUUAAUGGAUAACCUUCAGUUUAGCUAAUUGUAUAUACACCCUUUAGUUAAUAUUGUUUUGAAAGUAAUGAAAAAGUAUAUUACAGGUCAUAAGCCAAUUAAGGAAUUCUAUGACUAUGUAUAACACAUUCAAAAACAUGGAUUUAUGUUAUUAAGUUUAGAUAAGUCUUAGAUUGAUUUGCUCUAAACUGUAAAGGAUAAAUAAAAAACAAUUAUUGCAAUCAAUAAAUUAAUAAGUGAAAUAUUGUAUAGAAGAGAUUUGAAUACAAAACAGAAAGUAAAUGAUUAUAGUAUUUAGAGACCAUUAAUUUAUUGGGAUUGAAUUAAUAGAUUGAAGUUUAUUCAUAAAUUAAGGCUUUAGUAUAAUAUUAAUUUAUACAAGAUUAGAUUCCUAAUAUUGUAAUGGGUUUCAAAAUUUCAGAUUCAAAUCUAACUGUAUCCUAAAUGAUUAUUGUUAAUUAAUAUUUGAUUGUCACUUUAGAGAAUUAGAGUUAAUUAUAAAAGUUUGGCAAAAUCUGGAAUUUAAUUGAACCAGAAAUUAUGGGAUAGAUGAUAAUAUUUUUAAUUGGAGAUGUCACUCCUUUUCAUAAAAUCUUUGAUAAAUAUUAUAGUUUCAAAUUAUUUUGUGUAGAAAAUAGUAAUUACUUAAUAUAUAAAUUUAGUAAAUGAUAAGCUGAUUGUAGGUACUUGUCAAGGAACAUUAAUUUUAUACUCAAUAACAGAACAUUCUAUAUAAGAGAAAACUAUAAUUUAGGUUCUAACAUCUCCAAUAUACAGAAUCAAUCAUUUUAAUUAAGAAAUUUAUCUUGUAACGGAUAAUUAAGUCAAGAUUUUAGAUAAAUAGAAUUUUGAAUUGAUUGGAGGUGGAAGUCUUAAAAAUAGAUUGUAAACAGCUUGGAUUACUUGCUUAAAUUUUGAUGAAAAAGAGAAACUAUUAUUUUUAGGUAAAAUAAAAUUAAUUGUAGGUACUUCAUAAGGUUUUAUUUUGGUUUUUAGAAGAACUGAAAAGUUAGAAUUCUUAAAUCAAAUAAAUUUUAAUUUCAAUACUGGAAUAAAAUCUAUUCAAAUAAUUGAUAACUAUCUUUAUCCAUGUACUGAAAAUGGAGUUGCUAUUAUACAAAUGAAAUAUAAAGAUAAUUAAUUCUAAUAUCAAGAGAAAACAGCAUUUGCAAGUUAAUUAAAGUUGGUUGGAUUCAAAAAAACAUAAACUUCUGUUUUUGGAUUUACUCAAUGUGGUUUAAUAGUUUAAUGGAAUCCUGAAAAUGGUUAAAUGAAUUAAGCUUAUAAAAUAGAUAAAAAUUGCUUAUUUGGGAUUUAGUAAAAUAACUAAAUAUUUAUUGUUACAUAUGAAUAAAUGAUUCAUAUAGUUAAUUUUUAAUGA